AUGGCUGAAGCCAGUAUUUCAGUACUUCAGGAUCAGUUCAUCUGUCCAGUGUGUCUGGAUCUCCUGAAGGAUCCGGUGGCUGUCCCCUGUGGUCACAGUUUCUGCAAGGUGUGUAUUAAUGGCUGCUGGGAUCAGGAGGAUCAGAAGGGCGUCUACAGCUGUCCUCAGUGCAGAGACACUUUCACUCCAAGGCCUGUUCUACGCAGAAACAACAUGCUGGCUGAAGUGGUGGAGAAACUGAAGAAGACUGAAGUCCAAGCUGCUUCUCCUGCCCACUGUUACGCUGGACCUGGAGAUGUGGAGUGUGAUUUCUGCACUGGGAGAAAACACAAAGCCGUCAAGUCCUGUCUGAUCUGUGUGGCUUCGGUUUGUGAAACUCAUCUCAAACCUCAUUUAGAAAUUCCUGUUUUGAAAAAACACACAUUAACUGAUGCCUCUGGAAAUCUACAAGAGAAGAUCUGCUCUGAACAUGAUGAAGUGUUGAAGAUCUACUGUCGUACUGACCAAAGGUGUAUUUGCCCUUUGUGCAUGUUGGAUAAACAUAAAGGCCAUGAUGUUGUAUCAGUUACAGCAGAAAGAGCUGAGAAACAGACAGCAGUAGAUGACAGUGAGAGGAUCUUUACUGAGAUGAUCAGCUCCAUGGAGAAAAAGCGAUCGGAGGUGACGGAGCUGAUCAGAGCUCAGGAGAAGACUGAACUGAGUCGAGCUGAACGACUCCUGGAGCAACUGGAGCAGGAGAUUGCUGAUCUUCAGAGGAGAGUCACUGAGCUGGAGCAGCUUUCACACACACACGAUCACAUCCAUUUCCUCCAGGCUUUAGCUUCUGGACGUCAGUCUGCUCAAUUAGACAGACCAGGUUUUGACACGUCCAGCAUCAGUGUCCCUCAACAUCUGUCAUUUGAUGGAGUGAGGAAUUCUCUCUCAGAUCUGAAGAAGAGACUGGAGGAAUUCUGUGAGGAGGAACUCAACAAAAUCCCUCCACAUGCUGCAGCAGUUCAGAUCAUUUCACCACCAGAGCCACAGAGCAGAGAAGAGUUUCUGAAAUAUUUCUGUUAUCUGACUCUGGAUCCCAACACGACACAUCCUAACCUCAUUCUGUCUGAGAAGAACAGAGUGGUGAGAGACAGUGAGAGAGAGCAGCAGUACUCUGAUCAUCCAGAGAGAUUUGACUCCUGGUCUCAGGUGUUGUGUAAGGAGAGUGUGUUUGUACGCUGUUACUGGGAGGUGGAGUGGAGCGGUGAUGUGUUCAUAUCAGUCUCAUAUAAAGACAUCAGCAGGAAAGGACGGGAUAAUGAGAGUUUGUUUGGACGCAACAAUCAGUCCUGGAGUCUGUGGUCUUCUUCUUCUUUUUCUUUCUCUCUCUCUUUCUAUCACAACAACAUUCAGACUGAUCUCAGAGUUCCAUCACCCUUCAGAAUAGGAGUUUAUGUGGAUCACAGUGCAGGAACUCUGUCCUUCUACAGUGUCUCUGACACCAUGAAGCUCCUCCACAGAGUCCACACCACAUUCACUCAGCCUCUAUAUGCUGGGCUCUGGGUUGAUUAUCGAUCAACCGUGAGGUUGUGUGAUCCAGAAUAAGAUGUAUCUGGUGUUUUGUGGUCAGUAACAAGUAGAAAUUGUAUCACAAAUGAUCUUAUAGAAAAGUGUUUCAUUUCAACAAGAUUCCACAUUAUAGAGAGAUCGUUCCUGAGCACCAAAGCACUAAAAAAACACACAUAAACACACACAAAAAGCAUCUAAAACACACAUACACAAUAUUCAUUCUUCAUAUUCAAUAUUCCUCAUCAUCACUAAACCUGAACCUGGAAAUUAACAGGGUUGGAGCACAGAUUAGACACUAAAAUCAGCGUGAACAUGAUGAAUGAAUCAAUCAGUGAAACUUGGGGUGAGGAUGAAGUGAAAUCCAUGCUGUUUGUAACAGGCCACCUUUGACAACUAUUGUUGAAC